GUGCGUUCAGUUGCAGUUGGCGCUUCGUUCGAUGCGGAUCGCAGCAGUCGCGAGUUCCAGUGAAUUAUCUCUUGAAGUUAUCAAAUCUAAAUCCGAACAGAAGAUGUCCACAUCUCAGGCUGUUGAUGAGGACUCCAGCAAUAAGUCAACCAUUUGCACAUUGGACUCGAGUGUGCCAAAGCUCGGGAAUGGCAGUGGCAGUGGCAUGAAUAAUAACAAUAGUGCUCGGUCUAGCCGCAGCUCCACGGGCACAGACUCCACAUGCCUGGAGGAGCAACGCUUUGGCUGGCUACGAUUCCGUCCGCAGUGGCUGCAGUGCUUCUGCACCGCCAAGUGGGCGCUCUUCUGGCUCUGCUGGGGCGGCGCUUUGCAGGGUCUGAUUGUGAAUGGUUUCGUGAACGUGAACAUCUCGACCAUCGAGCGACGGUUUGGCCUACGUUCGCGCCAGACUGGUCUGGUGGCCAGUGGCUACGAUCUGGCGUCGUUCGUGUGUCUGGUGCCCGUGACGUACUACGGCGGGCGGAAGGGCGCAUCGAAGCCGUGCUUCAUUGCCAUUGGGCUGCUGCUGAUGGGACUCGGUUCGUUGAUCUUCUCGCUGCCGCACUUUCUGGUCGGUAGCUAUCGGGCGACCAUAGCCGAGGCGAAUCUGUGCGAAAGGGAUGGCCAGGCGAAUCAGACGAUGCUGGGAUGCGGCGCUGGCUUGGAAGAGGAGGCAGUUGAGCUGGAGCUGGGCGAGAGUUUGACUUGGACGGUUUGGCUGUUCUUUGCGGCGCAACUUUUGCAUGGAGCCGGCGCCUCGCCGCUCUUUACGCUGGGCGUAACCUAUCUGGAUGAGAAUGUAUCCACAAAGAUGUCAUCUGUUUACUUGGGUAUUUACUACACGAUGGCCAUAAUUGGUCCGGCAAUUGGCUACGUUCUGGGCGGCCAAUUGCUGCUCAUUUAUACGGAUUUCGUUACCGUGGAUGCAGCUGACUUGAGCCUGACGAGCGAUAGCAAGGUGUGGAUCGGUGCCUGGUGGAUUGGCUUUGUGUUUGCGGCCGUGGUCUGUGUGCUCAUCGCCAUACCGAUCUUUGGCUAUCCGAAGUCUCUGCCUGGCGCUGAGAAGCUGCAGCUGGCCAAGGUCUCGGAGGCGCACACAAAGAAAACGGCCCAGGCCAAGGCGGCUGGGGCGGAGGUGGGGCAAGUGACGGGUAAGGCGGAGACGGAGCCACGCCGACGCUUCGGCGAGCUGCCACACGCAGUGUUGACGCUGUUCAGGAAUCCCACGUUCUUCUUCCUCAACUUGGCGGGCGCCACGGAGGGUCUGGUCAUAGCGGGCUUUGCCGCGUUUCUGCCCAAGCAAAUCGAGAAUCAAUUUGGUAUUUCGCCCGUGAUCUCGGCCCUGGUGAUGGGGCUCAUCACGGUGCCCGCUGGCGGGGGCGGCACCUUCCUGGGCGGCUACCUGGUGAAGAAGCUGAACCUGGCCUGUGGCGGCAUCAUCAAGAUGUGCCUGCUGGCCACGCUGGUGGCCACCGUGUUCACCAGCUGCUUCCUGGUCACCUGCCCCAAUGCGGCAUUUGCGGGCGUCACUGCGGCCUACGACGACAAGCAGAUGGGGCUGCCCCUGACCCUGGAGGCGAGCUGCAAUGCCAACUGCGGCUGCAGUCGCAGCAAUUAUGAUCCCAUCUGUGGGGCCAAUGGCGUCAUGUACUACAGUCCCUGCUUCGCGGGCUGCGGCCAGGAGGAGCAGCAGGAGACCUUGAAGAGCUACAGCAACUGCAGCUGCAUUGACCAAAGUGCCGAGGCGACCAAUGUCAUGUGCGAGUCCAGCUGCAAGAGUUUGCCCUACUUUGUGGCGCUCUGCUUUGUGCUGAUGCUCUUCACCUUCCUGGCCACGAUGCCGGCACUCUCCGCCACGCUGAGAUGCGUGCAGGAUGAGCAGCGUUCGUUUGCCUUGGGUCUGCAAUGGAUCAAGGUUCGCUUGAUGGGCACCAUUCCAGCUCCGCUAAUCUUUGGCGCACUCAUUGACGAAUCCUGUGUGCUCUGGCACGAGUCCUGCGAUGCUCAAGCAGGCGGCGCUUGUCUGGUCUACGAUAAUUUCUACAUAAGUCGUUACAUGUGGCUCCUCGCUUUGGUGGGCAAACUCUGCUCCGUUUUGUUCUUCUUAGGCGCCUGGUGGUUCUAUAAGCCUCCUAGCGAGCCUUCAAAUGCCAAAAAAGAAAACCAAUCAGAAAUUUAAUCUUAAGAAAACAAAUUAUCGCUAGUAAGCUAAGUAAUUCACUGCCAUUUUUCAACUUCACUUUUUAAUAAUUCAUUGAAAAUCAAAAAUAAUACAAAAUUAAAAAUUAAUAACCUCAGCUCUAAAAAUUGUACUGGUCUCAUUAACAUUUAUAAGCGCUAUUAAUGUCUAUUUUAAUCAACAUCAUGAAAUAAGUAUUACAUAAGGAAAUCAUGUAUUUUAAUAUUAAAAAUGUAUUAUAAUAGAGUUUUCAUAGUAUUCAAAUUCAAAUUCUUUAACAUUUUCCGCCCAACUUAACAUUAACUGCAGUUAAGUCAGCUGUGAAAGCAUUUUGCGCCACAUGAAGUUGGCUGCUCAUGGUUAACAGCGCUGUUAAAAGCCUGCCAUCUGGUCGUGUUAUGCUUGGCACAUCGUCUGGCAGCACUGGUCGCAUUGUUAUUUAAUUUGUUGUUGGAUUUCAUACGGUACGGUUGUGUUUCGCGCUGUUUUUACUAUUCAUAAAUAUGCCAACUUGACGCAUUUACUGUGUUUUUAAAACAACAAAAAACAGCACGCGGAGCAUUGAAUGUAUAUACAAGAGUGGCAGCUAUUAAG